AUGCUUAAUACAGAAUAGGAAAAUGUACAGAGUAGCUUGGCUUAGGAUUUUUUAGCUUCUACAAUAAAGAAAAAACCUACUUAGGUAGCUUUUAGAAAGAAUGAAAUACAAAAAAAUAAUAGCAUUAUAAAUUUAGAAUAACAAGAACUAUAGAAAUAAUCAUAUAUUUAUUAAUUUAACGAAUCAAACGAUGUGAGUGGUUAAUAAUUUCAAAAUAAAAGCUAGAUAAUGAGAGUUAGCACUUCAGAAGAAAGUAGAAAACAUCGUAAAAUAAGCAGCAACACAGUUCCUUUGGGCAAACAGCUGAAGUGCAAUAUAAAUUCUUAAAAAAAUAUGGAAGACUACUAGAAGCAAAACAACAUGGUAGUUUUUAAUUUAUCAUCAAGGCCUUCAACAGCAAAUAAUUUACUUAUUAAAAAUAAAAUUUUUAGAGAUGAAACUCUAAACGCAAAUUUGUAAAGAAAGUAAAAUAAAUAAAAUCGUAAUAUAUUUAAUAGUAGUGUAGGAAUUUACUUAGAUUUUGAAGAUUUUAACUCUUAAAACACAAAUAAAAAAAAUUAAAGCAUGUCGAAUUAUAAAAGUAUGAUAUUGAAAAAUACACUUCAGCCAUUUGAUCAAUCAAAGGAAAUAUCCAGUUCUUAAUUGCAUUUAAAAGAAGAUAGUUAGCUAGAAACUAUUAAAUCCAAUUCUGUAGUGAUAAGAUCGAUAAAAAAUAAAUAAAAUCCUUCUAAUAUUUUACCUUCAAACUCCGAACUAUUUAAUAGAAAAAAUUCAUAGCUAAAUGAGUUUAAAUAGUAAAGCGAAGAAGCCAAAAAAAAAUAAAUUGACUAGUUCAUAGGAAAAAUAUUUAAAAAAUCAUUUUUUCCAGAUAAAAAUAAUCUCUUAAACAAAAUAACAACUAUUUUUCCUAAAAAAAAAUCACUAAAUUGUUUAAACUCAACCUUGAAAAACUAAAAUUUUUAGGAAAACACAAAUAAAUUAAGUAAAACUUAGAGAUUAGAUAUAAAUAGAAAAAUUUUGUAAAAUUAUAUUAAAAAACCAGUUUAGUAAACAGAAGAGAGUAGUUAUGAUUAGCUUGAAACAUAAUAAAGCUAAAUAUAAAAUUAUCUAGAGAGCUAUGAUUAUAUUUAAUAAUAAGAGUAAUAAGAGGAAUUAAAUAAUAACCAAUUUUAACAGCCUUAAUAAGUAGAAGAUGAAAAAGAUAAAGAUAUUGUCGAGCAAGAAAAUCCAGAUGAUAAAUAUAUGAUUUUGAAUUAAUAUUUCCAUUAGAAGUACACUUAACCAAUCAACUAUGAAAAUAAAAAACAAUCUAUUUUAAACUAAUUAUCUAAAACAUAAUAUUGCAAUAAUGAUAAAUAAAUAUAAAAUACUAACAGAAAUUACAAUUAAACUGAUAUUGAAUUCUAUGACAAGUUUGAACCAUGGGAAAAUGAUGAUUAAGCAAUUAAUAACAAUAUUGAUGAUAUUAAAGUAUGA